AUGUCGACCAACGGGCACGCCGCCAACGGCGCCUCCCAUGCCGAGCACCUCACCGUCAUCAUCGUCGGCGCCGGCAUCGCCGGGUUGAGCGCCGCCAUCUUCCUGCGCCAGCAGGGCCACAAGGUCACCAUGCUGGAGAGCUCCCGCUUCGCCAACGAGGUCGGCGCCGCGCUGCACAUCGCUCCCAACUCCAACGGCCUGCUCAAGAGGAUGGGCAUCCGUGCUGAAGACAUCAACGGGACGCUGAUGAGAUCGGUCACCGAAUACAACGAGGCCAACGUUCUCAGCCGCGACGUCGACUUGACCCAGGCGAACAAGAUAUGGCAGCAUGACUGGACGCUGCUCCACCGCGUGCACCUGCACGAGGAACUAAAGAGGAGAGCUACGUCCCCCGACGGUCCCGGGUUCCCCGUCGAGCUCCGGACGUCGAGUCGCGUGAUCGACGUCGACCCGGCUACGGCGACCGCCACUCUAGAAGGAGGAGAGCAGGUGGUGGGCGAUGUGGUUCUCGGAGGUGACGGUGUCAAGUCUGUCACUCGAUCCAAGAUCCCCGGCGGCGACGUGAAGCCCAAGCCAUCCGGCAAGAGCGCCUUCAGGUUCCUCGUGCCCCGCCAGGUCGCCUUGGACGACCCCGUCACCAAAGACUUUGUUUCGCGGGAUGGCCAGUUGAUAAUAUGGUACGGAGAGGACAGGAGGGUCGUCAUGUACCCCUGCGACGCCAACCGCCAGCUCAACUUUGUCUGCAUCCACCCGCGAGACGAGAGCUUGUCCAUCGGGGCUGCCGAGGGCGAAUGGAAUACGUCUGUGGGCAAAAGCUGCCUUCUCGAGGUAUUCAAAAACUUUCACCCCUCCGUUCUCGCCCUCUUGGACAAGGCCGAGGCGGACUCCCUCAAGGUGAAGCUCGCCCUCCUCGGCGAUGCCGCCCACCCUUUCCUACCUCAUCAGGGACAGGGCGGUGGCUGCGCGAUCGAGGAUGCCGCGUCGCUCGGCGUGGUACUUCAGCGCGGUGUUCAACCGGAGGAGGUACCUGAGAGGCUGCGCUUGUUUGAAAAGUUCCGCAUGGAGCGCGCCCACCAAGUGCAAGAGUACUCCCGACUAGCCGGCCUCGAUCUCAGCGAACGAAAACUAGACAUGAUGGAAUACACAAACUACAACUUUGGCCACGACGAAUGGGACUAUUCCAGCAACGCCUUCCGCCGCUGGGACUGGGCCCGCAAGCCCCACCUCUACUGGCGCAUGCCCGUCUCCUUCGGCCCCAUGCCCGGCCCCCGGCAGACGUUCGAAGGCGUGCCCCGCAACGCGCUCGACUCCACCUUCACCACCGCCUCCAUCAAGUUCAAGACCUCGCGCACCCUCCUCCAGAACCUCUUCCCGUCCUCUUCCUUCCGAUUCAAGAGCCCCGGCACCGUCGCGUACGCCAGCUUCUCCCAAACCACCCUCAACAAGAUGGAGUGGCUCGGCGGCUCCGGCUACCGCCACAUCGGCUUGUACAUCCACGGCGUCGAGUUCGUGCAAAAGAGCGGCGAGGUGCUCCACGGCACGUUUAUGCCCAUCCUCUUCGAGAGCCUCACGGACCCCAUCGUCAGCGGCCGCGAGGAACUCGGCAUGCCCAAACUCUACUGCUCCGUCGACUUGUGGCGGCGCAAGGAUAGCUUCCGGAUCCAGACGGGCUGGCAGGGCGCCACGUUUGGCAACUUCCUCCUCGAGGGGCUUCAGGAGGUGGAUCCCGCCGCGGAUAAGGGUACUAUUGGUGGCGAGGACGACGACGGCAUCUUUGCGUACAAGUACAUACCUCGCGUCGGGGACCGCGGCAAGGCCGACGUCGAGCACGCGACGUUUGUGCCCCACGCGCAGGAGGCGCAUGUCGUGCCCAGCACGGUCAGCAAGGUGUACAAGGCCACCAAGGCCAGCUUCGAGCUGGAUCCCCUCGACUGGGAGUCGCUUCCUACCCUGCACCAUGUCGUUUCGCGGCUGGCUGAGAUUCCCGUGUACGAGGUGAUUAGCGCCAAGCUCGUGGAGGGAACUGGCGUGCCUGACGUGUCGAGUGCCCGGAGGAUUGAUUAG